CAAAUGCCUUCUCUCCUCUCUCUACCAAUGCAAGCUCCUUGCUACAGCCGAAAGGGGAAAAAGAAAUAAAGAAAUAAAAACAGUCAACGUUAGGGGGUGGAAUAUGAGAUGUCUUGCGUGCGGGAUAUCUAAAAAAUCAUAAUCUCCCACCACUUCCUCAUGCCUUGAAUCCUUUCUCAUGGCCUCUUUUACGGGCCCUAACACCAUUUCAAAUGGCAGUCUCGCCUCUAGAUCUCUUGGUCUUCUUGUCUGUGGGUACUGCUCAUGGAUCUUCUCCUUCUCUCUCUUACUGUCAAAACCCACCUUCUCUGCAGCUUCUCCUUCUCCUGAGAACAUACCCACAUCCAAUCCUCCUUUAAAAACAGCUGUAACCAUUAACACGAGCCAUCGAAUUGUCAUAGCUCUCAGCAUUUCUACUCUUUUCCUCACUUGGAUCCUUCUCAUGGCCUACUUCAGCUGCCUCAGAUUCAAAGCCAAUAAGAAAAUCAGCCACCAGGAAGAAGGCAGGGAAUGCGAAUCAAAGAAGACCCAUGUUCCCGAUCAGACCGAUUCAGCCUCUCGUUCGAGUUGUGGAGAUCUCAUUGUGAAGGAGAAGACUUCGGUGUGGAGAUUCGAGUGGGAUGAGAUCGAGCAGCUUUCAUUGAAUUUCUCUUCUGUGAUCGGAGAAGGCGGUUUUAGCAUGGUCUACCUGGCUAGAUUCUCAGAUUCAACUUUUGGCGCGCUUAAAAUCCACAGGAAUAGUGAACGGCUCUGUCGGGUGUUUAAGCAGGAGCUUGCAGUCUUGAUGCAACUACACCAUGAAAACAUCGUGAAGCUAAUAGGAUACUGCGACGAACGAGAAGAAGGUGUUUUGGUGUUUGAGUAUGUCUCUAAUGGAAGCUUGCAUGAUAAGCUACACGGUCAGGGAGGGACGGGUAACCUCCUUCCUUGGAACCGUCGGAUGUUGAUUGCAUUCCAGCUUGCUCAAGCAAUUAAAUAUCUCCACGACAACUGCCCUCUCCAAAUCAUCCACAGUGACAUUAAAGCCUCCAACGUACUCCUUGACGAUCAGCUCAACUGCAAGCUCUGUGAUUUCGGGUGUGCUAAGAUGGGAUUUUCAUCUACGAUCCUUCCGUCAUCGAUGAAUCCAGUGAUGGGUUCUCCUGGUUACGUCGAUCCGCAUUACAUGAGGACGGGAAUCAUCUCGAAAAAGAACGAUGUCUACAGCUUCGGGGUGCUUCUUCUCGAGCUGAUUACAGGAAUUGAAGCAUUUUGCACUGAGAAACAGCAGCUCUUAACAUCUCUAGCCGUCCCGAUAUUGAGAGAUACAACAAAGGUGACGGAUAUGAUCGAUUCCCGGUUGGCAGGAGAAUUUGAUGAAGAGGAAGCAAUGGCAAUGGCUUCCAUCUCUGCUCUUUGCCUUCAAGGACAGCCUAGCUUGAGGCCUUCAAUGGCCGAGAUCUUGCGGACAAUGAGAGAUCAGAUCUCGUCGGUAUCCUUCGUUGCCGGAAGAUUGAAAGAAAAUGGCACGAGGGAGAUGUAAAUUUCACUCUUCAUAGUAAAAAGAAAACAGAAAAGAAAAAGAAAA